UGAAACAUUGCUGUUAUAUUCAGGCAGUUUAUUUGCUUUUAAAAAAGACAUAAGUUGCUGCAGAUGUUGCUCAGUGUCAUAAUUAUUGGCUAGCGACUACUGCUUUGAUGCUUAAAAGCAUCUCAUUGUUUUAUUGACAGAUAUCCCAGAGUCUCACUAUUUAAGUCUUGUCUUCUCCUUUUUUGGCCCAAUGACCUCUUAGGCCAUGCCUGAGCUUUCUGACUUACUAGACAUAUUGAUACCGCAUAGUUGGAUAAUCAGUCCUCACUAUGGGGGAACGACUCAGAUCAGAUUUGAACCCCGGUCCUGUCGUUUGACGACCGACACCGCUGUCGCAUCACCACCGGACGAAUUGAUAGACAAGUUAAGAAUUAUAUAGCAAGCAAUACAAAUUCUUGAAGUAUAGAUUUUUCUCCUGACAACUCCUGUCAAAAUAUGUUUCCUUGAUCGUCUACAUCUCCAGAAAGUAUUGUAUUAUAUUGUACUAAACUCUUUCAUAUUUGCAUUUACUUCAUUAAACCCGGUACCAUACGAUCGAUUUAUGCUUAGCUUAGAAUCCAAACGCGGUUGAUUGUGCUCUCUAUCGGGAAGGUUUUACAGUAGAAAGGAAAAAAAGUCAACAACAACUUUACCUCCAUUAACCUUAUGCGCUCGCACACGUCAGCCCUCUAGUGUGCAUUAAGUGCAUUGAGUGCAUCCACCGACUGUACCCGCCGAUCUGUUGCGGGCUGGCAGUAGCGUUGUUGCCUCUGUUGUGCAGGGCGUCCGCCGCCAUGGUGGACUUUGUGCUCUGGCGUCGUUGAUCACAUUCAGCAUCACCACCCGAUCUCGUGCAUCCCAAGUCAUGGCGCGAACUGUGAAUGCCCCCGCUCGCCACCAGCUCCCUCCCAGCCUCGACCAAAUGGAACGAGAGAUUUGCAUCUUAAUCGACCACAGAGACACUUGGACGUCGGGUUUUCUCUCCGUGCGCCGCACGUUCGACAGCUCGGCUCGGACGCUCAAAGCCUGAGAGCUAUGUAGAAGAGCUGUGUAGCGUCUUGGCUUUUGUUCGUCUUCUCUGCCAAAGGGAAAAAAGUAAAACGCUAGAUAAACUAGAUGGGUGAGGAGUUGUAAUGUGCCGAGCUGGGGGAGAUUAUCCGUCGCGAAAGCCAAACAAAACAAUUGCUCUAGCGGCCGCCGUUAAUCGAAAGUACAAAAACCAAUACCGUCAAGCGCGAUCAUUACUGCGGAUGCUCGCUUCUAUGUAUGUGGUACGUGCAUCGUCAGGGUUUACAUAGUAUGCGGGGUGUGCUUGCUUGUUGUGGUUCCCGAGAUGAUGGUGGGCUUUUUUUUUUGAAUCAAUCAUUCAAUCCCAUCUACCAGGUCCUGAUGUCCUACCGAAAUCUCAAUUUGAUCGAAGUGAACGCCUGAAGCAGUGUGAGGUGCAAUUUGCACCAACUGCCCAGACACACCAAGAGCUAAGUAACGCGCGAAAAGAAGAAAAAGAAAACAAUUUCCGAUCUUUAAUUACCUGCUCGUCUCGCACCGCGCGAAUCGCGCCGGAUGCAUCCGCGAUUUUUGUGAGCCGUUGGCGGUUUCACCGAGCCGAUGGGGCGAUGCUCCAAUUGUAAUCGCUAAUCGGUUGACAGGGCCAGUCUAUCGCAUCGUUUUCGUUUGUUCGGUCGUAGACUAGCAGCUGCCUGUGGUGGUUCUGGUUAUUUUUACGAGAAGGAACGUUAGUUCUCAGAAGAGCUAAGUUUGAUCUUCCGAUUGGACUAAUGUUAGACAAAAAAUAAUGUAGUGAAAAAGUGUAUGAAAUGUUCUACAACUCGAGCGUAAUGUUUGAUUAAAAAAUAAGAAUCUCCGCGAGAAAGUGUUCACAUCUUUGACCAAUAUUCUACACGCUUGUGUGGGAUUGUUUCCGAUCGUCAUUAUGUAAUGACAUCAAAUCGAAGGCUCUGUGACGUUGUACUUCCUAAGUUGCUCUACAAUGCACCCCCAAAAGUGAUAACUUACGUGAAGUGGUACCCCCAAGGUGGAAAUCUAUCUGGUGGGGAAAGUGCAUUAAAAGAGUUAAUAAUUUGAUCGACGAGACGUAUCAAUGACAGAACGAUCUUCAAUCAUCAUGCUUAACACAAUGGCAGGCGGCGGUACGAUCGAAGAUGUAUUACUAUUUCACAAUGGACACCGACGAUGUGGAAUCCUCGAGCAGUAGCACGAUGUCCAGCCUCAACAGUCUGUUUUCCUUCACUAGCCCGGCAGUGAAAAAGCUGCUCGGCUGGAAGCAGGGCGACGAGGAGGAAAAAUGGGCCGAAAAGGCAGUCGACAGCCUGGUAAAGAAGCUCAAGAAACGAAAAGGCGCAAUCGAGGAGCUUGAGCGUGCCCUAUCCUGCCCUGGCCAGCCAUCCAAGUGCGUUACAAUACCGCGUUCGCUCGAUGGACGACUUCAGGUUUCACACCGUAAAGGAUUGCCACACGUGAUCUAUUGCCGGGUGUGGCGUUGGCCCGACCUGCAGAGCCACCAUGAGCUCAAACCGAUCGAAACCUGUCAGUAUCCGUUCAGUGCGAAGCAGAAGGAGGUGUGCAUCAAUCCGUACCACUACAAGCGGGUCGAGAGCCCGGUACUGCCGCCGGUACUGGUGCCCCGCCAUUCCGAGUUUGCGCCGGGUCAUUCGCUGCUGCCAUUCCACCAGAUGAACGAGCCAAACAUGCCGCACAACGUGAACUACUCCAACACGGGCUUCAACAACUCGCACAUGGGCGGUGGUGCCGGAGGCGGUGGUGGAGGAGGAGGCGGCGGAAAUGGUGGAGGAGGUGGUGGUGGGGGUGGGGGAGGAGGCGGUGGGCCCAAUUCACCCAUCUCCUCGCAUAUGGGCCCGAACAGUCCGAUGUCGUCGGUGUCGAGCCCGGGACCGAUCAGCUCCAAUCCGCAGAGCCCGUACGGUGCGCUACCGGAAACACCACCACCAGCGUACAGUCCACCGGAGGAGGGUAACACGGUUAGCGGCGGCCAGGACGGUAAUCAGAUGGACACGAAUCAGAUGCACGGCGAGGUCGCACCGGUCAGCUAUCAGGAACCACCGUACUGGGCCAGUAUAGCGUACUACGAGCUGAAUUGUCGCGUUGGCGAAGUAUUUCACUGCACCAACACUUCCAUCAUCGUGGACGGGUUUACCAAUCCGUCGAACAACUCGGACCGCUUCUGUCUCGGGCAGCUGAGCAACGUGAACCGUAACAGUACGAUCGAAAACACCCGGCGCCACAUCGGGAAGGGUGUGCAUCUGUAUUACGUUGGUGGGGAGGUGUACGCGGAGUGUCUGUCCGAUUCGGCGAUCUUUGUGCAGAGCCGCAACUGCAACCACCAUCACGGGUUCCAUCCGAGCACGGUGUGCAAAAUUCCGCCCGGCUGCUCACUGAAGAUCUUCAACAAUCAGGAGUUUGCCCAGCUGCUGUCCCAGUCCGUCAACCAUGGGUUCGAGGCGGUGUACGAGCUGACGAAGAUGUGCACGAUACGCAUGAGCUUCGUGAAGGGCUGGGGUGCGGAGUACCAUCGGCAGGAUGUCACCUCGACGCCGUGCUGGAUCGAGAUUCACCUGCACGGCCCACUGCAGUGGCUGGAUAAGGUGCUGAUGCAGAUGGGUUCGCCACACAACGCGAUCAGUUCGGUGUCGUAAGCGGCAAGCGGUCUCAACCGCAACCGCUGCUGCUGUGCGUGUUCCGCAAGGGAGAAGUAGUAAAGGCUCGCACUGUACACCGAAACCGGAGGGAGCGUUCAUAUACAUACUAAAUCCAUCUAGCGUAACAGAUAGUCGGCAUCAUCGUAAAGUAAAGUAGGGAAGUAGAAAGUGAAAUAACUGAACCGAUGCCAUUGUAAACGAAACGAGAAGAUUUCAGCAGAACCUAAAGGCAAUGUUAAAGCCCCAGAAACGCAAAAUGUCACAGCAAGAUUAUUUUCUAAGCUCACCUGUAAGCUGCAUCGGGCGAAACCGAACAUUGUUUCGCUAGGUAUAUGGCACAGCUGGGGUUCGGUUUCGCGUACCUUUCGCGUCUCAAUUUUCCGAUUGAGAGCAAGUAAUAUGCCGAUGGCUAGAGAAAAAUGCUAUAUAAUGAACGCGCCGUUAGGAUAGGAUUUUAUUCGGUAAGUUUCAUCAUUUACGUUUUUUUAUCGUUAUUUUAAAUCCUUGAUUUUAAAAAGAAGAUGACAGAAAAGAGAGAGGGAGCUAGACAGAGUGCGUUAGAUUAAAUUCGGUUUAGCUUCGUACGUGAUAAGCAUACAUUUCUAGCGCGUUCUUUUGUAUCAGGCUUAGCAGCAGCGUCGUACACUUAAGAUUGACGCACCGUCGUUUUAGUCGAUUGUCCCACGGAGAAGCCUGUUGGCAGUAUACACUACCGUUCUUAGGUUCAAGAGGUGCUGUGAGCAGCCGCCAGCACUCUCUGUGACCCCCGUGCUCGGAAAGAUACGUUAUUAAGUGGUGAACUUCGAUGUCAUUGUAGGAUGCGCUUCCUUUUGUGUGAAGUAGUGAAUGACUGCAGUACCUGCGGGGUGAUUUUGUCCCAAAUUCAACGGAUCGAACAAAUGGGCCGAAAAUAAUGGCGGCCGUUAAGAUGGUCGAAUCCACACAGAAUCCACGCUACGGUUACAAGUGCCUGCUGCUAUUAAGUGCGUUAAGUCAAGCGAGUGCAAUUUAUAAGUUCACACCUGGUGGUAAGGUGGUGGUCAUCAUCAGCAAAACGGAGAGAGCCUCUAUCAAAAGGGGGAAGGGGACACUGUUGAUGUGAUUUUUCGGAUGCCAUUAAACAAUCGUGCAAAUGAGUAGGCGUUUAAGAAAUAGCGAGAUGCAAUUUAUUUGUUUUUUUUUUUUUUUUUAGUGGUUUUAUCCAACCAUACGCUGAUGCGCUGCUGUAUGGAGUAGUGGUUGACUGUACUGCACACGACAAAUGCUCUUACCUGUAUGUGCGUGUUUGUGUUCCCUAUGUUACGUUACUAUUUUUAAGCAAAGUUUAUUCAGUUGCUAGUGUAGAGUUUGCAAUAUGUGUGUUCGCUAUAAAUGAUUUUAUCUUUGGUUAAUCGUACAUCUUUAUAAAGUUUUAUUAGUCGUAAGGCAGUAGCGAAUAGUGUGAGAAUGCUUCCUUUUUUUUUAAAAUGCUUAGACAGCGAACCGUUUCAAAGUUUUAUUUUGGGUUAGUUUUGCUUGUGCUUCCGGUUGGACUCAUCGCGGAGGAUUUAAUCCGUUCCGGUUGAGUGCAACAAUUCCCAUCCCCCCCACCCCCAACGUUCACUUUCAACCUGCUUUUGUCAGUAUUUCCUUACCGCAUCAAAAACCCCUUUUCCGAUACCAGCUUUAGAGAUGGAUCAGAUUGGUCUAAAUCGCGGCCUUUCAAAUUUCAUAAUGCCUUUCAAUAGUGAGGGUUCUGAUUAAACGAAUCAAUCGAAUCGCAAUUACGUUGCCUUACGUUGAGUGGGCGUGGUGUAAGGUGCCUAUACAACUUUUGGGAUGGAACCAGACUGCAGGGGGUCUGUUAAAAAUAAAUAUAUGUUCCCGUAAAGAAAACAAAAAGCUCUUCAACGAUUAUACAAUUGUGCCACCACUGUAAAAUGUAACAGCUAUGCCUUGUUAUGACAAAACAAAAGUCGGAUAAAAAACAAAGUGACAAACGUUUGUUAGACGAUAGAAACGGUAAUGGCCUUUCGCAUAAAUGCCUUCUGUGCUUUACUUCUCGACGUCGUUAUUAUAAAUGUACAUGCAAAGCCUAAAAAAAUGCGCCUUAUUUUUCGCAAAAAAAGGAGGAAGGCUUUUAACGUAUACCAAUCGUUUUUUUGAGAAGUAGAUCGAUCGGAGUAAAAAGCUUCCUUAUGCUGCAGUUACACACUUGUUUUGCUACACAUAAAGUUUUUGUUUGCUGCACAGCAUAACAGAUUUGCAAACAGCGGACGAGGAAAGGGUAGAGAACGUGUCGGGAAAGAAGUCGGCUCGGACUAGUAGCAACCACUAAAUGUCGUGUUCGAAUGUACUUUAGCGAAUUGUUUCUCAUAUGUGUGUGUGUGUGCGCGCGUGUGUGCUUCGUGCCUUGAAUUGUGUUUGCGACUCUGUGUGUGCGUGUGUGUCCAUGUUUGCGCCACUGUGUGCGUGUGUGAAUAGUUUGUUUAGUGGUUUAGACUCGAUACUUCAAAACUCGUAAGCAAAACAAUCAACAUUAACACAUAAAUCUCGCAACUGGAGUGCGUGUGUAAACAGUUAAGGUCAGAUAAAAAAAAAACAGAAGAAAAAUCAUAGAACAAAGCACGGUAGCAAACAUGUAAAUAUUCUGACCAGCACAAUGAUUUCUACAGCCAUUGCAAGAGCGUGCAAAAAAUGGUCCUUAAUUGUAUUAAAAGAAAAACGAAUGAUAGAAUACGUAAGAGAGGAAGUGUGGACGAUUAAAUAAAAUCUACUCAAAUCAUAACAAACAAACAAAAAAAGCAACAGAGAAACAAUGUUGAAAACCUAUAUUUUGCUCACUUAGAUCUAAAGUACUGCUGUAAUGCUGAAAACAGUUCCAAUGCCGCUGAGUUUAAAUGAAGUAAAGCAAACCGGUAAAAACACGGUUAAGCGUUAUUUUAAAAUUGACAUGCGCUGAAAGUUUACAAAAGCUAGAAAAAUUGUUGGAAUGAUAAUGAACUUCCUACCGAGAUAGGAAAACAAAAGAGAAACAAUGCUAAAAAUGAUACCCACACGGCCCCGAAAGCUACGCAGAUUUGUAUGGCGAAACAGAAAUAAAACUUCAACAUUGCCGUUAGAUUAAAGAAAGCCAAUCUCCACCAAACAAGACACCGGCUCAAUACAAGGGGGGGUUUCAGUUGAUAAUGUAAAAGUGACGAUCUUUUUUGUAAACUCACUGCAUGCGUUUAUACCUGAAGGUGUACAAUAUCAUCGGAUUCGAUUACAAUAUCAUCUGGUUACUUCACAAUAAAAGGCAAUUGAUUCCCCUAUCAUCUGAAGCUGUGUUCCCGUGUCAACUAGCUUUGUUUAUCAUUUCAUCUUAGGAGCCUAUAGAAAAAAAAAAAUCCGUGCCUUUACAUUAUCAACUGAAAACCCCUGCAUUGAAGAACGAACAGAAAAGUUAUCAGAAUGAUAAAGACAAGCUGGGACAAUGAACGAGCAUUACCGUGGUAGCAUGAAGCGCGUAUAAGCAGCGUGUGCGUGUUUAGUGUUUAUAAACAAAAAUAGAAAAAAGGGUGGAACAUAUAAAGAAACAAUCGUUAAAAGAAAAACAGAACAUUAAACGCUACAACAAAACAAAAAUGGCCAACUGAGCCCCAACAAAGAGGUGAAAAAAAGGAUGAAAAAAUGAAAAUGGCCAGCGAAAUUAAAACCCACAACCCAGAACAGAAUGAUAUUUUGGAAAACAAAAAUAGCAGUACAUAAAAAACUGCUCAAUCGCUAUUUUGAAUGCUUGGUUUUGUAGUGUGAAAAAAGUUUUUUGCACCUCAAACGAUCGACGAUCGGACUUAUCGGCAGUUUGUUUUGAAACCUCAAACACUCUAAAUCAAUAGCACACGACGACAAAGCCCAUCACACAUUUCAUAGUUUCGGUUACGAGAGCCAGGAUAAAGCUAUUUCUAAGGUACGCGACAUUUGCGAAACACUCUAUAGUGUAUAGUUUGGUUAGGGAAGCAUCAUAAUGCAAGGAAUGAUGGAAGUGCAUUGCCCAUAGCAGUGAAUGCUCUCAGUGUUAUUUGUAAAGCUAUGCAUAAAUUACGCCACAACUCCUUUCUUUUUAACUCCCCUGCUCUUGCGUUCCAGCGAGCAGCGCGUUGGCUCCAUCAUUCUGCUCCUACACACCCAUAGUCUUACAGCUUCUGUGCCAUGUGUGCAGGCACCACCAUCUACGAACACAUACAUCUCAAUGAUCUCAAGCGAAAUAAAAUAAAUACUUAUGUUUUCGACUGUGUCCUGAUUUAAAGCUAAAGUGGUGAAAACCGUAUUUUCUGCCCAAUCUGUCGAACUGAUGGCGCGCGCGACCCCUGCAAUAUCGGGCGCAGCAAAUGUAAUUGGCAUAAGCAUUCGGUUUUGUUUUUUGCGUUCUGUAAAUGAAACAUAAGUUACAAAACGGUCUGGCUCCGAAAAGUGAGGCAUAAUGCCAUAUAUUGAGGCCUGAGAGAGCGCGAUAUAGAAAGCAAAAGUGUGCCAGCGUGUGCGUAUUGUUCGUAAGCAGUAGCCCAGGUUCCCCUUUACAACAUACAACAUUUGUAACGGUUUAAGUGAAAAAAGAAAAUGGAAUGGUGAAAGAACAAACAAAUGGCAGUUUAACGUUUUAAGCCACCAUGCAUGCAUGCAUGUGGUGGUUUCAACAGAUAAGUUGUGGAGUGGGAUUCGAUGCGGAAACAAUCCAAGUGUCGCGUCUUCUUUCCUAUCUUACUGACACUUAAGUUGAAGUGCAAAAAUAUCAUUGUAAUGUAAUUGAAGCAAGAGUACGAUGGCAGCGAGGAAAACUGAACAUUGCAAAACUACUUCAUGUGUACGGCUCGGCAUAAGCUAAGAACAGUGAAUAAAAUAAAUACAAUAAAAUCAAA